UCAGUGCGAUGAAUGGGCCUCCGACCCCGCUACCGCCAGGAGCUGCAAACGGCGAGCAGCCCAUCCUUGCUUCAACGCCCUUUGCCUCACCCCCACCUGGGCCCACCACCGCCAGUCAGGCUGCUUCUUCCUCCCUGUUUCUUGGGCAGCACCAGCGCAACAUCAUCGAUCACCAACUGUCGGUACAGCACAAACGCAUCCUUGAGCUGGAGCGUCACAAUGCCAGCCUCCAAACAGCCCUCAACUGGCACUCGACCAAUGCAUACAACUUGGCACCGCCUGGAUGCAGAGCCGUUCCCAUCUCACUGAGGCCGAUCGUCGAACCCUUUCCCUGGCCGGUGAGAUCGCAUCAGGCUACGAUGGAGGAUGUAGAGUAUUGCAGGAGGCUGAGAGGGUGGGUCGAGAGACUUGAAGGUCAUUUGAGGCUGGAGGAGGGGGCGAUGCUGGAGCAGAUCAAGGAGGCUGCCAGACCAGCAGAGGGUGAAACGUCGCAGAGGCCAGUCACUGCAGCACCGACUGGAGCUGGAGGUGAGCAGGCUGGCAAGCACGAUCGUCAGGACGAAAGAGCUGCCACCACCCCUGUUAGGAACAAACGACCCAAAACGACAGAAAAGGCUAGGAAGUCGGCCUAGCAGAGCGAGGAGCAGAAAUGGAGAGCUGUCAUGUAGCCUCCACGGUCAGCCAGGACCAAGCCUUUCAACUUCUGAAACAUCCGGUUCCGAUACUCCCCGCUAUCACCU